AUGAGCGGCAGCUCGUUGUUGCGGAAAAUUACACGCCAGAUCUCGCCCCACCACAACCCAGAAGGGAUCACGUUUGGGAGAGCCAAGCCACGCACCGCCACGGCUGUUGCACCUACAAACACCAACACCAACACCUACGUUACCGGUCUGGCAGAGAAACUGGCCCAAUACGAGGUCGAACACGUUGAGCAGACCAACAAUAAUACCACCAUCACGAAGAGGCCCACGUCGGUAGCUCGCAAACAGGAGUCGCAGAAUCCGUCCAAGCAGCGUUCCAAGGCGCGUUUGACGGGCGCUCGCGUUGCAGAGCUCGUGGAAGCGGCUGCGGCCGCUCCCGAAGGUAUGUGA